UAUUUUUUCAACACAUUUAAAUUAAGAGAUGGGAUAGUUUUCAAAAAUUUAGAUACCAAAGAUUUUUUUUUUUUUUUUUAAAAAUAUUGUUAACAAUUACAUUUUAAUCACACCAUUUAAUCAAAAACUACAAUAGAUAAGAUAAUCAUAUGUGGGGUUUAACAUAUUAAUAUUUUUAACUUUAAAAAUUGUUUUUUCCCCCAUUUUAUAUAACUUUAAAAAUUGUUUUUUUUUUUUUAAUUUAAAAAAAAAAGUAUAAAUAAAACAAUUUUUUUUUUUUUAAAUUCAUUAAACAUAAUUAUUUAUUUCUUAAUAAACAUUUAAAAUUUUCAAAAAUGACUCUCUUAUGUAAUUAUUUGGUUUAAAUAAUUAUUUUUUUUAAAAUAUUGUAUCUAAUUUUAUUCUUUAUAAUAUUUAGCUGCUUUAACUUCAUUAUCACCAAUGUCAUCCUCAAAGAAAUCAAGUAUUUCUGCAUCAAGAGGUUCAUCAUUAUCAAUGGGUUCUAAUAGUGUUGCUUGUGGUGGUUGUGGUGGUGGUUCAGGUGGUUAUGGUGGUAUCGCUGCUGCUGCCUCAGUUGAUGUUAGUGUUAAUGUUGAUGUCACUGCUGUUGUAGGAGGAGUUGUCGGAGUUGUUGGUGGCUUAGUUGGUGGACUAUUAGGUGGCGCUGGUGGUUGUGGCUGCAACUAAAAAUAGAUAUUUAAACAUUAAUAUAACAUUACUAUAUGUAUAAUACUUAAAAAAUAAAACAUUCUU